AUGGAUACGAGGUACGAUAGUAUAAUAGCAACAUCAGAAAAAAUCCGAGGCUUAGGUUAUAAUUUGAUAGAAGAAUGGGAGUGUGACUUUGAUGUUUUUUUAACGAGUGUACCUGAGACUGCUAUGGAACUGAGAGAGCAUCCACUUCUUAGUAUAGAGCCUUUGAAACCACGCGAUGCUUUUUUUGGUGGCCGUACAAAAAGUUUUGUGAGUUUGUACGACGUUAAAGAUAAUGAAAAAAUUAAAUAUGUCGACGUUUGCUCGCUCUACCCACAUAUUUGCAAAACAGGCAAGUUUCCGGUUGGCCAUCCCGAAAUUUAUAUUGGUGAAGACUGUUAUAAAAUAGUAGGUGAACAUAAUAAUUUGGCUGGUAUAGAGGGGCUUAUAAAAUGUACCGUUUUACCACCGCGAAAACUUUAUCACCCCGUACUGUCUUGCAAAAUCCAUAAUAGGCUUCUUUUUGCGCUGUGUCGAACUUUCGCUCAAGAAUUGAGACAAACCGGUUGUAAUCAUAAAACGAAGGAUAGAAAAUUUACAGGUACGUGGGUUGUAGACGAGGUCAAAAAAGCUGUUUCAAAAGGUUAUAUUGUUCUUAAGAUUUAUGAAAUAUGGCAGUAUGAUAUAAUGCAGUAUAAUAAAGACAAAGAGUGUGAUGGGUUAUUUACAGAAGAUAUCAAUACUUUUUUAAAAAUUAAAACAGAGGCUAGCGGUUUUCCGAAAGAUUGUGUAACUGAGGUGGAUAAAAAUAAAUAUAUUGAAGAUUACGAGCGCGCUGAAGGAAUAUCUUUAGAUAAAGAUAAAAUUAAAUAUAAUUCGGGACUACGUUCUGUAGCGAAGCUCAGUUUAAACUCUUUAUGGGGAAAAUUCGGGCAGCGUGAAAAUUUAAUGCAAACUGAAAUUGUUACAACUAGAAACCGCUUAAUGGAGUUAUUAACAGAUACUCAGAUAGAAAUCUGUGGGUUUUUGCCUGUGAAUGAUAAAACUUUGUAUAUUAAUUUUAUAAACGCUCGAGAGGCUAUAAAACCAUCCCGGACAACAAAUGUUGUUAUAGCAGCGUACACGACAGCGCAAGCCCGUCUUAAAUUAUAUUCUUAUUUAGAAAAUUUGGGCAAAAGGGUGUUAUAUUGCGAUACAGACUCCUGUAUUUAUGUUUUGGCAGAGUUUUUCAUGAGUUUGUCGAGGUCUGUAUUCGAUGCAGCUAUGAGGUCAGCUCCUGACGCUGUGCAAGAAGCUCUUGUACCUCUCUGGCACAUCCGUUAUGAUGACGGAGACAACAACUCUGACGUCCGCCGGGACGACCAUAACGAUGACGGAGACAGCAGUACGGGUGAAGGCGCACAUACACAAAUCAGUUGCUAA